AUGCGUGGCAUUAUACGGCGCGAGCGACAGCAGCUCCUUGACGAAUACCGUAAAAACAAGGUGCAGCUCGUGAACGGAAAGAUGAAGAGACUGACUAUCAAACAAUGGCUUGACUUCGUCGGGAAGAGCGAGGGAUUCCUUGCCCUAGAGAGCAGCGAAGAGGUCUACAACAGACUCCUCAGACCACGAGACCGGUUCACGAUCGAUACAACACGCACGCAGCGCACAGCUGCCGAGAAAGAAGCCGUUGAUAGGGCUUGCGCCUCGGCGCGGCCUCUGCAGUCAAUUCAAUGGCCUCACCUUCAAAGAGAGCAGUCUAUUGAGAUCAUCAUGUCGUCAGAAAAGAAGCCUCAACCUGAGCCCCACGAAACGAGCGAACCGAACGAGCCCGCGCCCGACGAGAACACACAAGAAGCCCCACUCGAUUCUACACUAUACACUGCCUUCUUUGACGAGGUUGACAGUAUAUUGGGGUCAUCGCCGCCGUCGGGAGCCACGCCGCCAUCGUCGCCGCCGGUCACCCCAACACCACUCAUUCCGGGGUGGAAGAGGCUUCAAGGAUCGUACAAUACUUCCGAGCUUCUCAGGCACCGAAUUAGGAUCAAGAAGGUGCACGCCUCAACGCCGCGCAACGCCGCAUAA